AUGGCGCAAGAAAAAACGAUUAAGAAAGGAUUCUUGAGGAAGUACAUUUGGGAAGGCCAAUACCUGGAUGAAAGUAGAACAUCUCCCGAGUUGUCCCAAGAUGCAGAUUUUCUUGAUAUAGCCCUUACCAAAUAUCGAAAGUAUGUUGCGCUUUUGAUUCCAGUCGUGGUGAUGCAGACAUUUUGGUGGCUGACUGCAAUUCGACAUGAUUGGCUUUCCCUAUAUCUCACUCAUUGGCAACUGCCCGUCGUGAUGAUCUUGGGGGCUAUGGUUGCUGGAAUGACAUCCGAAGGAGGUGGUGCAGUGGCAUUUCCUGUCAUGACAAUCGGGUUGAAGAUUGCACCCCAUGUUGCCAGAGACUUUUCUUUGAUCAUACAAUCUAUAGGGAUGAGUUGUGCAUUAUUUGUUAUCAUCUUCAUGAAUGUGCAGAUCGAAAGAAGAGCUGUAAUUUUUGGUACGAUUGGCUCGGUACCUGGAUUCGUCUUCGGAUCUGUGGCGAUAGACUCCUACCUCACACCACCUCAAAAGAAAAUGCUGUUUGUCUCUAUAUGGUCAUCGUUCGCUAUCGCAUUGUGGAUGUUGAACGGUCGCUUACAUCGGAAGACAUAUUUGACAAUUCCUGCAUUCACAACAUGGAAAGCAUUGGUGCUGAUAUGCACAGGCUUUGUCGGAGGCAUUUUCACUGCCUUCACCGGGUCUGGAGUUGACAUCUGCAUUUUCUCAAUAAUCACACUUUUGUUUCGAGUUACUGAAAAAACGGCUACACCCACUACUGUGGUUCUCAUGGGUCUCAACUCCGUUAUCGGUGUUUACUAUCGUUCAGUAUGGGUAGGAGACAUCUCACCCUUAGCACUUAAUUAUAUUAAGUGCUCCGUGCCAGUAGCAGUGACAUUAGCUCCAUUGGGUAGCUUUUUAGGAUCUCACUUCCAUCGUAAGGUGCUAGCGACUUUCAUUUACAUACUGGAAACUCUAGCUGUGAUAGGUUUUCUUUUCACGAGACCUCCACCACAAUUAGUGCUAAUAGGAGCUUGCAUAAUUGCUGUUGGAUUUGUUUUCUUCACUCUCAUAACUAAAGCAGGAGCAAAAAUAAUGGAAGGAGUUGAGGAAUCGAGAAAAAAUGUCACUGACAAGGAUGUGAUGCUAGGAGUACAAGAAGUAUAA